CCCUGCUCCCCCCCAUCUUCUGGUCCAUUCAACGAUGUCUUUCCUAAGGAAAGGAUUUCGCUUCCCGACGACCUUCCCCAGAUUCGUGCGGGGAGCUUUAGCUCAGGCUCGACUUCCCGUAGCCCGAUCCGUGCCUUCCCCAGCUUCUCACCCGCCCCCGAUCACCGCCGACGGACAUUCGCUCUCGAUAGCCUCGCUUGGACCCACUCACUUCCCAUAUCAAUGGCUGCGCGACUCUUGCCUCUGCGCGUCCUGCAUCCACCCACGAACGCAACAGAAACUCCAUCGCACCUCCGACGUUCAACCCAAUGUGGCACCCGCGCUCUCGUCCGAGAGUGUUCUCCUCACAGAGGACGGCCUCCACGUCGAGUGGGAUGAUGGACAUAGAUCGACCUACGAAGUUUCAUUCCUCGAACGACAUGCCAACUCAAAAAAUGUCGCAGCGUUCCAUCGCGAUCCCCCCAGAAUGCACUGGGACAACGCCACCAUAACGUCGUCACCAGAUCUGUUCGUCAACCACGCCGAUUUCAUCGCUCCGUCAGGGUCAGGACUGCUCAAGGUCAUGACACAGCUCCAGCAAUACGGUCUGGUAUUUCUCCGUGGCGUACCCAUCGAGGAGACAAGCGAUGCCCUGUGCGCCGUCCGAAAGACCGCUGAGAGGCUCUCAGAGCUCAUUCCUACGUUCUACGGCACGACAUGGGACGUUCGCAACAUCAAAGACAGCACCAACAUUGCGUACACAAAUCAUCCCCUUGGACUUCAUAUGGAUCUGCUAUACUUCGAAAACCCGCCUCGAUACCAGAUCCUCCACUGUCUUCGCAACCGCGUGAAUGGAGGCAGGUCCAUCUUUGUGGACGGGGCAUAUGCCGCCAAUCGUCUUCGCAAGUCGUCGCCAUCAUCCUUCCGCACUCUCACGGAAACCCCUGUCGCCUUCCAUUACAUCAAUGCCGGCCAGCACUAUCACGCCGAGCAUCCGACAAUCCAACUCGGGCGCUUCUCAAACGAAGUGGAAUACGUGAAUUACUCGCCUCCAUUCCAAGCUCCUCUUGCUGUAGACACCCCGUCGCAACUCUACGAUGCCCUCUACAAUUUCGCGACGUGGACCGAGAAGGAUACUUCGAAGUUCGAGUACACCAUGCAGGAGGGAGAUCUGGUCAUCUUCGACAACAGGAGGACCUUGCAUGCGAGGACGGGUUUUGAGGAUACUGAAAUGGUGGAGGACGGAAAGGUCAACAGGUGGCUGAAGGGGUGCUACUUCGAUAACGACGCUAUGGCGGCUAGAGCUCGGAAACUGAGGAAGGAGCUGGAGGAUGGGCAGAGGAACGGUCGUGAUAUCGCUUGACAGCUGCUAGCUUUAUACGACUGACACGUCUUCACUAAUCUACACGACCCAGUGCCACAUAAUUUACGAGUCAAUGAACAUAUCUAUACAUGUUUGCCAUACUAGCAGAGCUGAAACGAUCCUCUUAUCUUGCGACGCCCUCGGGUUAUAUACUACUAAUGUACCUAAAGCAGCUCUGAACGGAGCAUAUAUACGAUCUUCCGUCCGCCAUGGUACUUACAUUUGCAGAAUAUGACUGUCAGACUAUUUUUCUUG